GUGUAAAAUAACCACAUGGGACGUUUUUUUCAGUUAGGUUGGGGUCAGUUCCAAGAAGCUGACCUCUCUCUAUCAUCUGAUCAAACCCAGUGCUUUAACUUAUCGUUUUGCUUUGAAUAGCCUGACAGAAAGGGAAUGCUAAAGGACUUAUGUUCCACCCGUUCUCCUUCCAGCCGACCCAUCCGCUGAUGUUGUGUGUUGCCUGUGCAGCCCGGCGCAGUGUCAUAUUUCCCAGUCGUUUUGGAGAGUGAGGCUGAGGGGCAGGUCCCAGAUCCUUUCCUCCCAGCCGGAGUCCUGGCGGAGCAGGCACCGGAUUCGAACAUGAGCGAGCGGCAGACCAACGUCAACAGCCUCUUCCUCAAUGAAGACUCGGGCAACAGGAGCCCUGCGGACAGCAGGGUCCAACAGUUGCAGAAGGCCCUCAGGAAACGGGCUGGCCGGGCCAAGAAAAGCCUGAGCGACAUCAGCGGGCAGGACGUCCUGAGCUUCUUCAAGAGAAACGCCUUUGUCCUUCUCACCAUCUUUGCGGUCAUUCUGGGUAUCAUUCUGGGCUUCACCCUGCGCCGCUACAAGUUCACCUACCGUGAGAUCAAGUAUUUCUCCUUCCCGGGCGAGCUCCUGAUGCGAAUGCUGCAGAUGCUGGUGCUGCCACUCAUCGUGUCCAGUCUAGUCUCCGGAAUGGCGGCUCUGGACAGCACGGCGUCUGGGAAGAUGGGGAUGCGAGCGGUGGUCUACUACAUGACCACCACCAUCAUCGCUGUCUUCGUCGGCAUCAUCAUGGUGAUGAUCAUCCACCCUGGCAAAGGGUCAAAGGUCGACCUGCACCGGGAGGGGAAGAUCGAGCGGGUUCAGGCCGCAGAUGCCUUCAUGGAUCUCAUCAGGAAUAUGUUCCCCCCCAAUCUAGUGGAGGCUUGUUUCAAGCAGUACAAAACAAAUUACAUCACGCGAUCGAUCCUGAGGCCGACAUCGAUCAAUCUCACAAUGGCAACGGAGCCGUCCAUCAUUGACAAUGUAACGAAUGCGGUCAGAAAGCUGCAGGAGCUGAUGCUGGCCGAGGAGAUCAUUCCAGUUGCGGGCUCAUCCAACGCGGUGAAUGCCCUGGGUCUCGUGGUCUUUGCGAUCGCCUUUGGUCUGGUCAUCGGUAACAUGAAGCAACAUGGCCGGCCAUUGAAGGAAUUCUUCGACAGUCUUAACGAAGCCAUCAUGAGACUGGUCGCAAUUAUAAUCUGGUACGCGCCGAUAGGCAUCCUCUUCCUGAUCGCGGGCAAGAUCGUGGAGAUGCAGGACCUGAGCGUGAUGGGUGGGCAGCUGGGGAUGUACACGGUGACGGUUGUUGUCGGGCUGCUCAUCCACGCGCUGGUCGUCCUGCCCCUGCUUUACUUUGUGGUCACUCGCAAGAACCCCUGGGUCUUCAUCGGCGGCAUCCUGGAGGCCCUGAUUACAGCCCUCGGCACUUCAUCCAGCUCAGCCACUCUCCCAAUCACCUUUAAAUGCCUGGAAGAAAACAAUGGUGUGGAUAAACGAGUCACCCGCUUUGUCUUGCCUGUUGGAGCCACCAUUAACAUGGACGGCACGGCGCUCUAUGAAGCCCUGGCUGCCAUCUUUAUUGCCCAGGUCAACAACUACGACCUCAACUUUGGGCAGAUCAUGACCAUCAGUAUCACGGCGACUGCAGCCAGCAUUGGGGCAGCGGGCAUUCCUCAGGCAGGCCUCGUUACCAUGGUGAUCGUUUUAACAUCAGUCGGACUUCCCACUGAGGACAUCACCCUCAUUAUUGCCGUGGACUGGUUCCUGGACCGCCUGCGCACCACCACCAACGUGCUGGGGGACUCGCUGGGGGCCGGCAUCGUGGAGCACCUCUCCAGACACGAGCUUCGCACCAACGACACGGAAGUGGGGAACUCCGUCAUUGAAGAGAACGAGAAACCCUAUCAGCUGAUCUGUCAGGAAAACCAGAAGCAUGUGGACAGUGAGACGAUAAUGUGACUGGGACCGUUACAGGCCCAAUCCUAGAUAUAUAACACAAACAACAACCAUGUCAAUUGUGUGUCUGUCCGCGCGUUCCUAAUCUAACUAGCCAGCAACGAA